AACACUUGUCUGCUUCAACAUAUGCUCACACGUUUAAUAGCUCUCUCUUAUCAACAAGGUGAUCACAUUCCUACAGUCGUUACCGGAGUUUAUCUUUUAGAUUUCUGAAAUGAAGAAAAUGUUUCACACAUUUUUGUUCUGUGUGUUUACAUGGCAUCUGAUCGGUGAGUUAGAUGUGUUUGGUGAUGAAGUGAAGUCAGUGUCAGUGAUGGAGGGAGAAAAUAUCACUCUACACACUGAUCUUACUGACAUACAAAGUGUUCAUUUAAUACUUUGGAGGUUUGGACCUCAUGAGACUCUUAUAGCUAGAAUCCACAGAGAAGCCAAUGAGAUUUCAAUAUAUGAUGAUGUUCAUGAUGGGAUGUUCAGAGACAGACUUCGGGUGGAUGAUCAGACUGGAUCUCUCACCAUCACAAACAUGAGAUCUGAACACUCUGGACUUUAUAAACUUACCAUUAGCUGCAGAUACCACCAUCUCUGCUACCCUGGGAAGUUUUACAAAUACAAUGUAACUGUCUAUGCUCAUCUGCCCGUUCCCGUCAUUACCAGAAACUCUUCUCAAUGUUCUUCAUCAUCAUGUUGUUCUGUGUUGUGUUCAGUGAUGAAUGUGACACAUGUGAGUCUCUUCUGGUACAAAGGAAAGAGUUUAUUGUCCAGCAUCAGUGUGUCUGAUCUCAACAUCAGACUCUCUCUACCUCUGGAGGUGAAAUAUCAGGAUACAAACACAUACAGAUGUGUCAUCAACAACACCAACACAAACAACACACAACAUCUCAACAUCACUCAACUCUGUCAGACAUGUUCAGUACGUGGUCUACACACAGGUUAUAUAGCACUGGUCUGUCUAAUAGUCUUGGUCAUCACAACUGCUGUUUAGGAUUUACAGUCAGUACAAGACAGGAAAACAAACAAAACAGUAAGUGUUCUUUAUUUUUGCUAAUAAUGCAGUAUUAAAAGACCUUUGCUACGCCUGAGUAGAGUUUUUUUAUCAAAUCUGCUUUAAUGGAUGAAUAUUUUUCAUCAGGCAAACCUGGAGAAGAGAUUAGGUUAAAGGUAAGAUACUUUAUGUGUGAAACGUGACUUUAUUUCAUCAAACCUCAUUAUAAUGAAAGAGAUGUUAAAAGAAAGAGACAGAUGUAUCGUCUUUACUGCGUUUUUAUGAUGUUUUCUUAUGACAUUAUCUGAACUUUAGUUAUUGAUGUCCACAGGUUUGAAGGGACAAACACGCACAAUCUCUUUUGAAGACACCUGAUCAACUGACGUUGACUUCCUCUGUAGCUUUAAUUUUGUCAAUGUAUGCAUUUUUCCACAUCUUUUAUUUGAAACAUUUAUAAUUUAUACUGCUUCUGGAACAAAUAAACUAUCUUAUGCUUCA